AUGCCGGGUCACCAUCCCAAGCAGCCGCCGGCGCCUCAACCGACGCGUGUGUUCUUUGACCCGUUCAAUUCAUCUUCGACGGGCCACCAACGGGCAGAAAAUCGGCUCUCGGGGUCCACGUCCUGGCGCGAGUCUCGAACAUACAAACUCUCCCACCAGUUCAAGGACGCGAGCGGCCGCGGCGGAGACCGACACUUGGCUGAUCUGGUCGGCGCGGGGAGCGAGAAUUUUGGCCUGGACGGGCGCAAGGCUAACGGCGACUGGGAAGAGGGGUCGCAGCAGGGAUUGAGGGAAACGGGAUGGCAGGAUAUCCGAGAUUUGAUGGGUGGGUGUAAGAAGCGACCGAGCGAACGAGGAGGGCAAGACGGGGAACCUGGCAACAAGCGCCUCAGGGCUGGCCAGGGUCAAAGCCACAAUGGCCCCCAACACCAACACCGCCACAAGGGCGAGACAGGGGAGUCUUGUCGCUCGUCAAUCAGACGACAGCAAGACAAGGCAGCAUUAUUGCCCGACAACAGAAAUAACCCCAACACCGAUCACACUACGACGACUGGUACUGCUGGUGCUGAUGCUGGGUCUUCUUCGUCUUCUUCGUCGUCCCAACCGCCCCAAAUCUUCCGCAACCUGACCAUCUACCUCAACGGGAGCUCCUUCCCUGUCGUCUCGGACCACAAACUGAAACACCUCGUCGCCCAGCACGGCGGCAACACGUCCAUCUCCCUCGGCCGCCGCACCGUCACGCACGUGGUCCUGGGCACCAGCGCCGCGGGCGGGGGCGGCCUGGCGGGCGGCAAGAUCCAGAAGGAGGUACACCUCGUGCACGGCAAAGGCGUCAAGUACGUCACGGCCCAGUGGGUGGUGGACAGCGUCGCCAGGGGCGUCAGGCAAUCCGAGAGCAGAUACGUGCCCGACGGCGUUGGGGGGAGGAUCGGAGGCAGUGGACAAGUCAGUGUGAGGCAGAUGUUUCAGCUGAGUGGAUGA